AGUCUGUGACGGUGCAACUGACUUGGGUCUCCUUCCGCCAUCCGGAAUGUAAAUCUGUCGGCAGAACCUGCCACAGGAAUAGGGAUGAUGACCCACUCACUGAAGUGGAAAGGAAUGCCAAACUGAGGAAAUUCCUCACCUCCCCAUUCCAGCGAUCCUGGGUGGUCUGUAGUAGUGAUGCUGCAAAGGAACCUAUCUAAAGGACAUAUUCCAUUCUCUCAGUUGGCCUCCUUCUCAGAGUCCUUGCCUCAAGAAUGUGUACCUCUAACUUCCCUGGAUCAGCGUAAUCCUUAUGGUGUCUUGGAGCAGAAGUUCAGGAUGGGAAACCAGACUGGGAAACAUGAGCAACUUCAACCUACUUCAGGCGAAAAAUCUGGCACAUCUACGAAGGCUAAAGGUCAGGCCAUGAAGACGGACCAACCAGAGGAGAACGAAGUGUUCGCAGAGACAGAUGUUACUCAGAACAAUGGAUCUCCCUCACAGCAGAAGAUGGUGGCGACAGGCUCCAAGACUGCAGAAGGCCCGGACGAUGCCAGCACAGCUGAGCCAGCUGUUCGCCCCCACUUGGUCCGCCUCUUUUCUCGUGACGCGCCAGGACGUGAAGACAAUACCUUCAAAGACCGCCCAUCAGUAUCUGAAGAACUCCAGGCCAUCCAUGAAGAUAGCUCAGUUCCUGUGGUGGAACCACAUUUGAUGGAAGUGCAGAAACUGAGCUCACAAUCGUUAAGUAGUUCGGACAAGAAGGGGAAAGAAGCAAAACAGAUGGCGUCGGCAAGCACCUCAGACCAUGCUAAGCAAGCAGGAGCCCAUUCGAGGCAAAGAGACUCUGGUCUACUUGACCAGCUGGGAAAAUUUUUUGGACAAGAAGGAUCCAGGAAAGUACCUGAAAAAGGAAAGGAACCAGCAAGGGGUGUGUUAAUGGCCCCCACUAUGCACAAGGCACAUCAUGGAGCAGGAAGGCAGAGUGACGAUAGCGCUGUUGUCCACUUCUUUAAGAACAUGAUGUCACCAAAGAAGGCACCCAAGCAACAGAAGGGAAAGUUCGGAGCAAGUAGAGCUAUCACUAAAUUUAUUUGGGGAACUGAAGGUCAGAGGCCACAUUACGCUACAACUGGUUCUAAGUCAAAGGCGGCUUAUAAAGGACGAAGAGAUGGAACCCUGUCAUCUCUUUUCAAAAUGGGGAAGAAAGGUGAAGGUUCACCUGCUAGGCGCUGAAUCCCCAUCAAGUACAACCGGACGGAAUGCUUCAAAAUGGAAAAAUAUCCUUGCUCUGUGUUGUAUAUUAACAGUCUUACUAUUCAUGCAUUAACUAGCAUUUACUGAGUCCCUCCAAAGAGAAUGAUUGCAUACAAAUAUGAUCUUUACCAAUCAGGUAUCUAGCCUGGUGCUCUUAAUGCAAACUUGCCUAAUUCAAAUUUAUCUGUUAACCAGAUUUUUAAAAAAGAACUGUUUAUUUAAAUUUCUUAAUUUGAGCCACAGAACGAUGUGAGCAAAGAGAUUUUGAAUUAACUGGAGUAGACGGUAUAAUGAAUGGAAUGUGUUACUGCUUAUAUAUACUAGUCCCACAGUAAUUCGAAAUAUUUUAGAAACUUGAUGUGAAGGUACCAAUGGUCUUACAACUCCAUCCACUCUCCUUUUCUAUGGAUAAGGAAUCUAAUGUUUUAUAAUUAAUUUUAUUGCAUCUUAACACCAUUACUGUAAAAUAUCAUGACAAUUGCUAAGGUUUUACUAAAUAUAUUAGCACUGUGCAAAAGUGAGAUCUUGUCUGACAGUUGCUGUUCAGUUCAAUAAACUCCAUUUUGAACAGAAAUGUCAUUGGUUACUUGUACCCAAAGAAGCAUUUCAGUAGUAUAAUAAAACUGACGGUCUAUUCUUCACACACUCUAUGGUGCAAUGCAGAUAAAGCAGCAUUACGUGUUGUAAAGCUGUGAACAUUAAGGUGUUACACUAACAUGAUAUGUGUGAAAAUGUUAUCAGUAAGCUAUAAUCUCAAACUAACACUAAAUUCCACAUCAAUGGGCCAAGACCAUUGCUAUGUGAGUGCUCUUUUGAAUUGCACUGUUCUUGAAAUUGAAAUAAUAUUUUUAUCACCUUUACAUUUACCUUUUUUGUUAUCCAAGUGUAGUGCAUUAAAAUGGCAAAUUUACACAAAGCUUAAGGUGAUUGCUUUCUCGGAGGUAAACACCCUUCAUGUUAGCCACGAGGGUGAAUCGUCUCCGCACCCAAGAAACGUAUACGUGCACCAAGAAUUUAAUUUGAACAAAAUACAAGGGGAUGAUACACACUCACAGAUUCUGAUAGAAUACUCUACUUCUGACACCUGCUGCUUUAACUGCAGAUGUAGGAAGAGUAUAGUUUAUACCUGCCCUCCCUCGGUAAUGCUGCUGCUACUGCUGCUCUUUGAUUAGAAGUCUUCAUUUUGCCAGUUGUGGCUUAAUCCCCAGUGGGGGACAAAGCAUGCUACCAUCCAUUCUCCAACUGGUAAUAUCUAAAAUGCACAGGCAGGUGAAAGUAGAGACUUAUUAAUGUUAGUUUUCCUAUCUAUUGCCAGUUUAUGUAUGGUAACUUGCUUAUAGAGAACACAUACUAGAAAAAGAUGAAUGAUCAUGUAUGACUGAGUGAUAUUUAUGAAUGUAAAUGUAAAAAAUAAUGCAGCUAAACUGUUUGUCCAUGUUAAAAUAAAGUUACA